GUGGAGUUAGGGCGGGACAAAAGGUAGAAAUUACUUUAUCAUUGAGAGUAUCAGUAGUGUCAGUCUUCAGUGAGCAACAGCCUUCUCCUAGAGACAGCUUUGGCUCUUAGAAUGUGGAAUUUUUCUUUGCCUCUGUCUCUUGAAGCUUGCUAGAUUCUCCACUACAGAUGAGCAUAUAUUCUCAGAAAGGCAGCUGGUUGGCAUUUUGGAGGGGCAAACAUGGAAGAAAAUAGAGAAGGUCAUGGCCUUGCAGAAGGCAAAAUUUUGUCUAUCUGGAUGAUUUUGUUUGUGGCGUUAGUUUUGUUGCCUUCGAUAUUUCGAGUGUCACUGGGGAUUUCUCAUUUCUAUGUGAAAAUUGUAAUUAAAAUGUUAGAGUGGGCCACCCUGCAGAUUGAGGAGGGAGUAAAAAAGCAGAAGGUGAUGGCACUUGAAAAUUUAAUCUCCACUGACUCAUUUCCUCAUGCAGGGAUCAUCCAGAGAGAUGAGACUCCCAUGGAAAAGGAGGUUGUUGGCCACUGCCAAGGAUGUUUCAGCCUUGCUGAUGUCAUGUACUUUUCCAAGAAGGGCUGUGAGGCAGUUGCAGAGGAUCAAGUGACUCGACGGUUCUCCUCUGAGGAGCUGCUGUCCUGGAAUCUCCUCAGCAGGACCAAUGCCAACCUGCACCAUGUCAGCUGGAAACUGGCUGCUGUGUGGGUCACUGGCAUCCUUAUUCGGUAUUGCCUCCUGCUGCCUUUCCGCAUCUGCUUGUCUGUUUUCAGCAUCCUGUUGUUGGUGUUAGCCACUACUGUAGUGGGACAGUUUCCAAAUGGCAGAGUUAAAGGCUGGCUGAGCAACCAGGUCCAGAUGAUAUGUGCCACCUUAGGUGUCCGAUGUCUGAGUGGCCUUGUUAAUUUCCAUAACAGGGAAAACAAACCACAGGAGGGAGGCAUCUGUGUAGCCAACCACACAUCUCCAUUGGAUGUCCUAAUCCUGGCCAGUGAUGGAUGCUAUUCCUUGGUUGGCCAGGUACAUGGAGGGCUUAUGGGACUUAUUCAAAAAUCCUGCAUGCAAACCUCUCAGCAUGUCUUAUUUGAACGCUCGGAAAUGAAAGACCGUCACCUGGUGAGGAAAAAAAUUAGAGAACACAUUGCAGAUAAGGCCAAGUUACCCAUUUUAAUUUUCCCAGAAGGCACCUGCAUUAACAACACAUCAGUAAUGAUGUUUAAGAAGGGAAGCUUUGAGGUAGGAGGAACCAUCCAUCCAGUGGCAAUCAAGUAUGACCCCCGCUUUGGAGAUGCCUUCUGGAACAGCACAAAGCAUUCCAUGAUGACCUAUGCUUUUAAUGUGUUAACCAGCUGGGCUAUUGUCUGCAAUGUGUGGUACCUGCCACCGAUGGUCAAAGAGGAAGAAGAAGAUGCUGUUCACUUUGCUGACAGAGUCAAGGCUGUCAUUGCUGCUCGGGCAGGAAUGUCUGUGCUUCCUUGGGAUGGGGGACUGAAAAGGAAAAAGGCCAAAGAGUCUUUCAAGGAAGAGCAACAGAAAAAAUAUUGCCAGAUAGUAAUAGAAAAUGGAUCUGUGGGAAAUGGAAAUGUUUGUUAAAUGCUAUUUAUUUUAUCUCAUUUUUCCAUGACUUAUCUCUACCAGAAAAUAGACUGUCUUUUUAUUAAACCAAACAUGUUUUCCUUCUGUUCCCGUAAGAUAUUUUGCAGGUGACACAGCAGGGAAACAACAAAGAAAUUUCCUUAUUUAAAGCAAAGAACUGUAAUUUUAUAAAUAGGAAAACAUAAAAUAUGCUAAUAAAGUUCUCCCUGAUGCUGAGAAGAAUCUGCAGUAAAAUUAAUUAUGUUCAUUAAAAUUCAACUUUAAAAUAUUUGCAAUACCUUGAGGACUUAAAUGCUUACUUUAAUAAAUCACUUCUGUACUGCUAGACUCUCUCAGCGACUUAGACUAGGAAUACUCCUGUGAGCCACAGUAACCAUGUUGCUCUAGAGAUAGAUCUCCUGAUGUCAGAAGACAUGAAGCAUUUCACCAAAAUAUGUUUUCUGAAUUGCAUGUUGGAGAGGAAAUGUUGCAUGUCAGAGGGAAAAAGCAGAUGUUGACUUUCUCCUCCAUGUCACAAGACCAGGGAUGGCAUGGUAGAAUAUUUUCUGCUAUGACAAAGAGCAGAACAGUGUCCAGGGCAUCAUGUCCCUGAUGUCUGGGUGUGUGAAGUUGAGGUAAAUUAAUCACAGCCAAGGACAUUGUAAUAGAAAAUAUCCUGUGUUUUUAAAUCAUAUCUUGUGGUUUUGUUAGAGUCCUUUUUGAGUCUGUUUGUAUGCAUUACACAAAUUAAAGAAAGCCUAUGAUGUGACA